UUGUUCAGUUUAUCGUGUAACCGUUACAGCAGAUGCUGCACUUGAGCUCUCCUGCGCCAAAAAUGUAAUACCGCGAUCAAAAUUUCUCAAAAAAUUGUCAAAAACUCUUCUCUAAUCCACCCAAAGUGUAUACCCGCCCCAAAAAUAAAAAUAAUACCAAAAUAAAUAAAUGAAUAAACAAUAACCAACUUCGGUAUCGGUAUCGUGUUUACACCUUGCAAAAUGUUGGCAUUACCAAAGACACCGACAAAAAUGGGUAAAGAAAAAUUAGAAUUAGCAGUUACAGUUCGUACUCCACGAAAGGAACGCAUUGAGCUGUCGAAAAAUUUAUUAGAACUCGCAGAUAAGCCUCAUCCCUCCUCAAGCUUAAUGCAUCUAACCAACGACAAGUUUGAACUGGCAGUCCAGCUCGAAUGUAAAAUGAAAGAGAUUCAGGAGCAACAGAGGAGAAUGUUGGAGCUUCAAGACAAGAUAAGUACAAAUACAAGAUUAACAUUAACACGUGAGAGGUCAGAUUUGGCUGAGAAACUCGAGAGAAAUAUGGAGGAGCUGAAUGAGCAUCAGAAAAGGCUCCUAGAGCUUCACCAGCAGAAUAAAUAUGAUUCACAGUUAACAACAAAUCUCGAACUUCAGCUGGAAGAACGAACUGUCAAACUAGAAGCUUCUAAUCGAGAGAGGGACAAGCUUGAACGUCAAUUAACAUCCAUGAAGUCAGAGCUAGCCUCAGCCCAACGAACCCUACAGCUGGAGAGACAGGAGAGAAAGGAUCUGGAAGAAACUGCCCUGGGUCUCAUCAGAAGUGCUAAGCAAAAAUGGGAGGCUGCAGAGAAGGACAAACUCUCUAGAUUGACUAAACAUAUUGAGACUCAGACCAUUCGAAUCACAGAACUUUGUACCAGUAACAACGAAAUGUCCUCCAAACUUCAGCGUGUCCAGUGUGACCUAGAAACUGCUGAAGCAGAGUUACAGAAAUUGAGAAGCUUCCAGGCUCAAUACAAACAGUCAUUAGCUAAGACUCGCGAACUACGUCGUCAGAGUGUCCAGGGAGUUGAAAAUAAACUGGAGGAGAUAUCGGUAAGGGCUCACAAUCAGUUAGCAGAGGUACGCCUCAAGCUGGAACAGGAAAUAGCUAAAAAUACCGAAUUGGAGAGUAGUUUGAGGAACGAGAGGGACGCAAAUCACUGUAAAUUAUCGAGACUGAAUAUGGCAUUGGAACUUGCACAAUCAGAGCUGAAAGAUCUCCAGGAACAGCUGAGAUCGACGCAGGCAAUGAUCCCAGCACGAGACCAGGAGAUAGCAACUCUGAAGAACCAGUUAAAAGAUAAGUUGAAUCAAAUGGACGGGAUUCACGUUGCUGAACAGACGAUCGCCCAAUUAACUGAACAACUUGAUAAAGUUCAGAUGGAAAAUGAACAAAUGAAGAAUCAACUGGAGUCAACGAAAAGCGAUCUGAAUGACACAUUAUUGAAUCUCAGAAGGAGUGAAAACAUUGCUGAUGACCUCGAGAAAACCGCAAAAGACAAAGCAGCUCUUCAGGAACGUCUUCAGGAAUCCAAAGCCAAAGAAGACGAGCAACUACGGAAGGUCGACACUCUGGAGGAACUUCUUCAACGUCUUCAGCAGAGUGUAGCUAAAUUAGAGUCUGAAAAUGCAGUUCUAAAACGCUCUUCAAGUUCAAUUCCUGCGGUUAGUAGAGCUUCCACCACCAGAGACAAUUCUCUUAAAGUGACAGAGCUGGAGCAACAAAUUGAACGGCUGGAGAAACAGCUGGAAACCGUUAGGGAGAAUGCAGCAACAGAGCGUGAAGCAGCUCGUCAAGCCCAGCGAUCUCUCUGGAAGAAAGAGAAGGAACUAUCGGAUGCUAAUCUGGACAAAAGAAUAGCCUUGAGAGAAGCCAAAACCUCUGAAGAAAAGAUAAAAACCUUGCAAGAAGAGAAACAACGACUGACAGAUCGAUUGAAUAAAAAAUAUCAGGACGAGGAGGAGAAAACAAAGAAAUUACUAGUUGAACUUGAAUCAGCAAAGUCUUCCCUCACUGAGAUCACUAAAGAUGUUUCAAGGACCAGGAUGCAGGCAGAUUCAGCUCAACGAGCUUUGAUCCAAGCAAAUAAACAGAUUGAAGAGCUUCAAUCCUCCUCUGCUACUCUUCGAAGGGAGCUAGAUGCUGCGAGAAAGCAAGCUCGAACAAGUCAGGAUAGGGUUGACAGCUUGAAUGCUGAGAACAAACGUCUGACUUUCGCCAUCUCCAAACAUAAUGAAGUAAAGAGCACACUGGAGACUAAAUUGGAGGCCCUGGAACAGGAGGCAAAGGCUGACAAAGUCAAUAUUGAUUUAUUGAAAGAAACUUGUACAGUUCUUGAAGAGCAACUGACAGACUACGAACGACUGACUAGCGACCACGAGACUCGAGAAAAUACCCUAGUGCAGGAGAAAAUGAGGCUGCAGAAGGAGCUGGAAACCCUGGAGCAGACGCUGAGAGAAGCCAAAAUAGGGCAGAAUGAGGAGAAGUCAAAGAGAUUAAUUUCUGAAAAGACGAUGCAACGAUUGGAAUCAGAGACCAACGAUAUCGAAACCGAGAGAGACAAUUUACUCACCCAGAGGAAUGAGUAUAAGAAACUCGCGCAAGAAUUGAGCCAGCAAGUUGCUUCAUUGACAUCUAAAUGUGGAGAACUGGAAUGUGACAUUGGGGAGCUGCAGCGAGCCCUGGAAUCAGCACGUGCAGAGGCUAUGAUCGUUAAAGAAGAAAGUACUGAUCACUUGACUCGCCUCCACGAACUCAAGGACAUCAAUCAGGACCUGAUGGCAGAUCUCCAGAGCAGUAUUGAUCAAGGACAAGAGCUAAGAAUUAGAAUAGCAGAAUUGGAGAGUGUUCUGGAGGAGAUGAGACAGUUUUACAAUGAACAUGAGAUGAAGUCAGAGGGAACGAGACAGCAGCAAACAAAAUUGAUCGAUUAUCUGCAGCUUAAGCUCGAAGAGUGCAGCAAGAAGAAGAAGACCGUUUGCGACAGGAUAUUCAGGACAAAGCAGAAGGAUACUGUGAUUCCAACUGGUUCAGGUAUGCCAGUUGGGUACAGAGAGCUGGAGAAUCAAUUGACUCGGGAACGUGCCAAGGUGAAGGCUCUUACUGAGCAGCUACUGGUGUUGAAAGCAGACAGGCAGUUGGUAUCCUUGGAACCGGGGGAAGAGAUCGCAAUCUCUGGAAUAUCUGGAAGAUUUCCGGAGUCUGAUAAUAUGAGAUUAUUCACCGAGAACCUGAUGAAUAAAGUUGAUCUUGUGACUGAUGACGGACGUCGUUGGAAAUUAGACCAUCCAGAAAUUCCCCAGAGAACGGGAAAGAUUAAUAAUGUCUCAAAAUUUGAUGCUCUCUUCUUCGGGGUGCAUUUCAAACAAGCACAUACUAUGGAUCCAAUGUGUAGGAUGCUGUUGGAGCAUGCUUAUGAAGCUAUCGUUGAUGCUGGAGUUAAUCCGAAGCAGUUGAGAGGGACUAAGACCGGGGUUUUUAUCGGCGCAUGUUUUUCGGAGUCGGAGAAGACGUGGUUCUAUGAGAAGCUGCAGGUGAAUGGUUUUGGUAUCACUGGAUGCAGUAGAGCGAUGUUGGCGAAUCGAGUGUCUUAUUGGCUUGGAAUAACGGGACCGAGUUACACCGUCGAUUCUGCCUGCAGUUCCAGUCUCUUCGCCAUGGAGCAUGCAUACAGAGCGAUCAGAAAUGGCCAGUGUGAUGCUGCGAUCGUCGGUGGUGCUAAUCUCUGUUUACAUCCUUAUGUGUCCUUGCAGUUUUCUCGUUUAGGUGUUCUGGCUCCGGAUGGUCGUUGCAAGUCUUUCGAUGCUGAUGCCAACGGUUACACUAGAAGUGAAACCGUUAGUGUAGCAUUCCUCCAAAAGUCCAAGGAUGCAAGACGUAUUUAUGCAACGGUUAUCCACGGAAAAACCAACUGCGACGGAUUCAAAGAGCAGGGAAUAACAUUCCCAUCAAGUGUUAUGCAGAGUGCUCUUCUGAAAGAGUUCUACGAAGAAUGCAGAGUCCUACCAUCAUCAUUAUCGUACAUCGAAGCCCAUGGGACUGGGACAAAAGUCGGAGAUCCCGAAGAAUUGAAUGCUAUUGAAUCUGUCUUUUGUCAGGGGAGAAAAGAGCCCCUGAUGAUUGGCUCUGUGAAGUCGAACCUCGGACAUGCUGAGCCUGCCAGUGGAAUGGGUCAAAUAGCUAAAGUAGUUAUUGCCAAUGAAACUGGUAUGAUUCCACCGAAUCUACACUACAAACGUCCCCGGGAGGGUGUAAAGUCUCUGGCCGAAGGAAGGAUAGUGGUCGUGUCUGAUCCAACACCGUGGAAAGGUGGAUACGUGGGAGUUAGCUCGUUUGGGUUUGGUGGUGCUAAUGCUCAUAUUCUUCUCAAGUCUAAUCCGAAGGAGAAGAUCAAUGGUGGAGCACCACAAGAUGAUCUUCCUAGACUUGUGGUUGCGUCUGGGAGGACUGAAGAGGCUGUUAAUAGUAUCUUGACAGAUGUGGAAAGUCGUCCUGUAGACGUGGAAUUCAUUCGCCUGCUCCACGAGAUUCAUACCGAGGAUAUCUCAGGUCAUCUUUACCGAGGCUACACCGUCCUGGGGACAACCAAUUCCGAGAAGAAGAUCCGAGACAUCGAACAUUAUCCAGGAGCCAAGCGACCAAUCUGGUUUGUUUUCUCAGGAAUGGGUUCCCAGUGGGCAACUAUGGGUUCAUCCCUUCUUCGUCUCCCAGUUUUCGCAAAUGCAAUAAAGAAAUGUGACGCAGUUUUGAAACCCCAUGGAGUCGACAUAUACGAUAUUCUAACAAAUCCCGAUAAAUCGACCUUCGACAACAUCCUGCAUUCCUUCGUUGGAAUAGCUGCAGUGCAGAUUGGUCUGGUCGAUUUGCUGACAACAUUGGGAAUAGUCCCUGAUGCAAUAAUUGGACACUCAGUUGGAGAAUUGGGUUGUGCUUAUGCCGACGGUUGCUUCACAGCCGAGCAAAUGGUUCUCUCAGCAUAUUCCCGAGGUCUAGCAUCGAUCGAAACAGACACCAUAAAAGGUUCAAUGGCAGCCGUUGGUCUCGGUUAUGAAGAAAUCAAGGAUCUCUGUCCAUCUGACAUCGAGGUAGCCUGCCACAAUGGCCCCGAGAGUAGCACCAUCAGCGGGCCAGCAGAAUCCAUGAAAGCAUUUGUCGCUCACCUAACUGCAAAUAAAAUAUUCGCACGUGAAGUACCAUGCAGCAAUAUUGCUUAUCAUAGUAGAUACAUCGCCGCAGCUGGUCCAAAAUUGCUUGCAUACCUCCAAAAAGUCAUUCCAGAUCCCAAACCCAGGAGUUCCAAGUGGUUCAGUACAUCUGUACCACGAUCCCAGUGGGGCUCACCUCAGGCACGACUCUCUUCAGCUGAAUAUCACACGAACAAUCUUCUAUCUUCGGUUCUAUUUGAAGAGACAUCUGCACUGAUUCCAAAGGACGCUGUAACUAUUGAAAUCGCACCCCAUGGGCUUCUUCAAGCCAUCCUGAAGAGAUCACUUGAUGCUGGUGUGACUAAUAUUGCUCUCACCCAACGUGGACAUAAGGACAAUGUUGAGGUUUUCCUUCAGGCGAUUGGCAAAAUUUAUGAUAUUGGAUUGCAGCCAGUUAUCAGUAAUUUGUAUCCUGAGGUCAAGUUUCCGGUGUCCAGGGGGACACCCAUGAUAUCCCCACUUGUUAAGUGGGAACAUUCUGAUGAUUGGUAUGUCACUUCGUACAGAAUGCAGGAGAAAAUUACCUCUGGAGAAAGAAUUGUCGAGCUGACGCUUGCUGAUGAAGAUUAUGAGUACAUGGCGGGGCAUGUUAUUGAUGGAAGGAAUCUCCUGCCUGCCACUGGGUAUUUAGCACUCAUCUGGGAGACUGUUGGGAUGAUGAGGGGAGAGAUGUAUACUGAGGUGCCUGUUGUCUUCGAAGAUGUCAAGUUUCUGAGGGCUACUACAGUCUCUAAGGAAUCAUUGGAACUCACGUUGAUGAUUCAGAAAGGAACUGGAAGAUUUGAAGUAGUUGAAGGAGGAGCAGCAGUUGUCACGGGGUUCGUUCACCACGCCCCAAACCCUCAGCAAGAACAAAUAAUUUUUCCUCGUUUAAGUGAUGAUGUGGAGGAAGACAUGCAGAAGAAAGACAUUUACAAAGAGCUCAAACUCCGGGGUUAUCAGUACUCUGGAUUGUUCAAGGGCAUCAAGAGUGCCAGUGUUGAUGGAUUGAAAGGAACACUCGCCUGGGCGAAUAAUUGGGUGGCAUUCAUGGAUAACAUGCUGCAAAUGAAGAUUCUAGGAUUGGACACGCGUAAUCUUCUCGUACCUACUGCCAUUCAAAAGCUUACCAUUGAUACUAAGACACAUCUGCAGCAGAUUCGUGAUAUGCCGGAUGAUGAGAAAGAGUUCAAAGUGUACACUAGCACUGAGCACAACGUAAUUCAUUCCGGUGGAGUCCAAAUCCGAGGCUUGAAAGCAAGUAGCAUUGCUCGACGAAAACCAGCAGGUGAACCAGUCCUAGAAACCUACAAAUUUGUAGCCCACCGAGAUUGGGCGGAGAUAUCCAUGAAGGACGCAGUUCACCUGGCCACUCAUCUCUCCAUUGAGAAUCACCAAGGAAUCAAACUAAAGACUCUAGAGUUCCUCCAAGCGGGUGAAAAAUAUUCCGUCGGCGAUCUCCUGUCUCCUAUUCUCGCAGACAUCCUAGCAGAUCUCCCAAUGAUUCAGGCAGAUGUGAGCAUCGUCACCCCUGAAAAUCCCUAUGGAGAAGAUGAACUCCCCGAGAACAUCAGCAUUACCGAAGUUAAGAAAUUAAAUGCUGAAACCAAUGCUAUGAUCCUGGCCGGUAGAAAUCUUCUAGCACCUGAAAAACGAUCAGCCCUUACCGAUCUUCUAGCAUGUCUGAAAGACGGUGCCUUCGUCAUUACUCUAGAAUCUUCAGCUCCAGACGAUAUCAAUUUCUCCUUGGCGAGUCACCAACUUAAUAUUAUUCUGGAGAAACUCGUCAACAACACAAAAUUCUUCCUUCUCAGGAAGAUUGAAAGAAUACCAAAGAAUACGAUCAUAAUCCAGGUAAACAACAACGAAUUUAGCUGGGUGAAUAGCCUGAAAGCAGCUCUCAAAGCUGAAGUGGAGCACGAGACCUCUGGUUCCAGCAGAGUGUUCCUCAUAAGCGACGGAACCUUUGAAAACGGCCUCCUGGGGCUCGUCAAUUGCCUUCGAAAGGAGCCUGGUGGUGAAAUUAUCCGUGGAGUUCUUCUCCAAGACCCCAAAUCCCCCGAAUUCUCCAUCCAAAAUCCCCUCUACGCCGAUCACAUCAAACUGGACCUAGUGAUCAACGUUUUGCGAUCAAAAAAUACUUGGGGAUCCUACAGACAUCAUCAUCUGCCUGCACAACAACCUCGACUAGUCCACCAUGCUUGGGCGAAUCAGCUGGUCAAGGGUGACCUCGGCUCCUUCGCCUGGAUGGAGGGUCCCAUAAUUGCUGGCUAUAAAAAUCCAGAGCUCGUAAGUGUUGUCUACUCAUCAUUGAACUUCAGAGAUAUCAUGAUGGCUACAGGCAAACUAUCGACUGACAUUGCUGAUAAGACUCGAGCAUCAUCGGAGUGUGUUCUUGGGUUUGAAUUUGCUGGAAUAACUCAAGACGGUCGCAGGGUGAUGGGUCUGUUGAACACUCAUCGAGCAAUAACAAAUUAUUUAGUUAAUGAUCCAACACUUACCUGGGAGGUUCCUCAAUGCUGGACAUUGUCAGAGGCUGCAACGAUUCCUUGUGUCUAUGCCACUUGCUAUUACGCUUUUUACACAACCGGAGGGAUCAACAAGGACAUGAAAGUGUUGAUUCACGCUGGGUCUGGUGGAGUUGGACAAGCGGCUAUCACUCAUGCUCUUUGGGUGGGCUGUGAGAUAUUUACCACUGUCGGAACUGCAGAAAAAAGGGCAUUCAUUAGGAAGACUUUCCCACAGAUUCCGGAUGAUCAUAUUGGCAAUUCCAGGGACACUAGCUUCGAGCAAAUGGUGAUGGAGCAUACAGAUGGACAAGGAGUGGAUAUUGUCUUGAAUUCACUGGCUGAUGAUAAGCUUCAGGCAUCACUCAGGUGCCUGGCUGAUGGGGGUCGGUUCUUGGAGAUUGGAAAAUUCGAUAUGGUUAAUGAUAGUCCACUGGGAAUGGCUGUUUUCCUCAAAGAAAUUAGCUUCCAUGGGGUGUUACUUGAUAGACUUUUCAAUGCACCACCGGAGAAAAAGAUGGAAGUCAAUAGAAUGAUGCAGGCUGGCCUGAAUACCGGAGCUAUUAAACCUCUGAAUAUGACCAUUUUCGAAAGGGACCAGAUCGAACCUGCUUUCAGAUACAUGGCCGCUGGAAAACAUAUCGGAAAGGUAAUUCUCAAAAUUCAAGAUGAAAAUAAUUUGAACCAUCCUAUGCCAGCCCUCCCCGUCUACCAGUGCAUCAAAGAUCGUUCCUAUGUAAUCCUCGGAGGACUUGGAGGUUUCGGUUUGGAGUUGGCUGAUUGGUUGGUUCUUCGUGGCGCCAGAAAUUUGAUUCUCACAUCUCGGACAGGAGUCAAAGAUGGCUAUCAACGAAUGAGAAUAAAGCUGUGGCAAAGUUAUGGUGUAAAAAUCACUAUAAUCGCCGGAGAAGACGCAUCAAAUCCAAAAGACUGCGAGAAGAUUCUCUCUAUAGCAUCGAAACAAGCUCCGGUAGAUGGAAUUUUCAACCUCGCAGUUGUCCUCAAGGAUGGCCUUUGGGAAAAUCAAACACCAGAGACGUUUGAGGAGUCCUUCAAAGCUAAAGCUUGGACAACAAGAUGUCUUGACAAACUUUCUAGACGAUUAUGUCCAAAACUUCGACAUUUCGUUGUUUUUUCGUCAGUUUCUUGUGGGCGUGGUAAUAUAGGACAAACAAACUAUGGAAUGUCCAAUUCAGUUAUGGAGAGAAUUUGCGAGAGACGAGCGGCUGAGGGUUUUCCAGCACUUGCUAUCCAGUGGGGCACUGUUGGAGACGUAGGUCUUGUCGCAGAUAUGCAGGAUAACGAUAAAGAGAUUGUGAUUGGUGGCACCCUUCAGCAGAGAAUAACAUCCUGUCUUCAUGAACUCGAUGGCUUCCUCAAUCAAACUUCUCCAAUUGUUGCAAGUAUGGUUGUGGCUGAAAAAAGAGCUGGUGGCUCUGGCUCCCUCAAUAUCGUCGGCACUGUACUUAAUAUCAUGGGUCUUAAAGACUUGAAGUCAGUUGGUGUACAUACAUCAUUAGCUGAGCUUGGUAUGGACUCCAUGAUGGCUGUGGAAAUCAGACAAACUUUGGAGCGUGAAUUUGAGGUAUUCCUAACUGCGCAAGAUAUUCGCGGACUAAAUUUUGCCAAGUUGAUUGAAAUGAAUUCAAAGAAUCUGGAACUGAAGAAGAAAACUAUGAAGGGGAUGGGAGGCGAGGUACCUAUGGGUAUUAAAUUGCUUGUUAGACUGUUGGGUGGGGAAGCACCGAUGGAGGAAUUAUGCGUGCAGUUAUGUACAAAAGAGGAGAGUGGAAGGCAGGAGGUGUUCAUGAUUCCAGGUAUUGAAGGGUGUGGUGCUAUAUUUUCGAAUCUUGCCAGCAACAUCAGAGCGCCAGCUAGUAGUUUGCAGCUGAAUAAUAUGAAUACAGAAUACCAGUCUAUUCCGGAAAUGGCUGAUCAAUUGUUACCAUACGUUUUGGAAAGGAAUCAAGGAAGGAGAAACUUCCUCCUCGUUGGAUAUUCAUACGGAUCACUCGUUGCAAUCGAAUUAGCAAGAAGAUUAGAAGCUGAAGCUUACACUGGAAAAUUAAUUCUCAUUGAUGGCUCUCCACUAUUCAUGAAAGCCAUCAAAGAUCAACAAUUAGCAUCGGAGAAUAAUGAUGAGCUCCAAACGAAUAUUCUCGUUGGUAUAGCAGAUAUUGCUGCGCCUGAUGACAGCGGAACUCUGCUGGUAGAACUCAACAAGUGCAAAACUUGGGAGCAGAAGUUGGAUCUGUUCAUGGAACGUGUACAAGCUGAUGCUUUGGGAAUUUCCAUUGAACAACGAAAAAACAUUUGCACUUGUAUUUAUAAUCGUCUACUCGCCCUUGCGAACUAUGAUCAUUCUAGUCUUCCACCACUCAGAACUCCAAUAACUCUUUUGAAACCGAUGAUUGAGACUUUGAAGAAUUUACCUCCAGAUUAUGAUCUCAGCAAGAUAACAAGGGAUAAGGUGGAGUGUCAUGUGCUUGAUGGAAACCAUGUUACAAUACUCGAUAAUCCAAAAGUAGUAUGUGCGAUAAAUGGAGAGCCACUCGAAGAUGCCGCAGCGUUCAAAGCUAGUAUCAUGGAAGAUGGGAAAAUCCUUGCGCCUAUCUACGAUGAAAAUCGUGCCAAAUCAGCUAGUUAAGAAGAAAAAAAAAGUUUUAUUUACUAAUUCAUACUUCAUGAACUUCCUUAUUUCCCUGGUUUUAGCGCCAGUGAACAUUGUUUCUCGUUUUCAAGUACGUUGCAAGUUGUUUGCACAUUUUCGAAUAGAUCAUUCAUUCAUGCCUUCCGUUCAUAAAUUAAUAAAUUGGAAACUAGUAUAAGUGUCAACGAUUUAUUUCUUGUUUUGAUUGCCAAUGAAAAUGCGAAAAUAAAGAAAUAAAUGUGACCAAUA